AUGACCUCGCUCCCCAAGGGUCUCGCCUCGGUGCUGGCCAAGAGCCCGUCCGACGUCGUCAUUCUCUCCGCCCUCCGCACGCCGGUCUGCCGCUCCUACCGUGGCCAGCUCAAGGACGCCUACCCGGAGGAGCUCCUGGCCACGGUCCUGCGCGCCACCCUCGCCGCCAACCCCAACCUACCGCCGUCCAAGGUCGACGAUGUCGCCGUCGGCGUCGUCCUCUCGGAGCUCGGCGGCUCCAAGGCGGCGCGCAUGGCCCUCAACCACGUCGGCUUCGACACGCACGCCACGAGCCUGCACACGGUCAACCGCGCGUGCUCGUCGUCGCUGCAGGCCAUCGGCGCCGUGGCCGGUGAGAUCCGCGCGGGCAUGAUCGACGUCGGCAUCGGCGCGGGCAUGGAGAGCAUGACGCGCAACUACGGCUCCAAGGCCAUCCCCGUGGACCUGUGGCCCGAGCUGCGCGACUCGCCCGUGCGCGACGCGCGCGACUGCAUCAUGCCCAUGGGCCUGACGAGCGAGAACGUCGCGAGCCGGUACGGCGUCUCGCGCGCCGACCAGGACGCCUUUGCCGUCGAGAGCCACCGCCGUGCCGCGGCCGCGCGCGCCGAGGGCCGCUUCGACGACGAGAUCGUGCCCGUGCACACGCGCUUCCAGGAGGUCGACAAGCAGGGGAACAAGGUGGGCGAGGAGCGGGCCGUGACGGUGACGCGCGACGACGGCAUCCGCGAGGGCGCGACGCUCGAGGGGCUCGCCAAGCUCAAGCCCGCGUUCAAGCCCGACGGCGCCAGCACGGCGGGCAACUCGUCGCAGGUGUCGGACGGCGCCGCGGCGGCGCUGCUCAUGCGCCGCAGCACGGCCGAGGAGCUCGGCCUGACGUCGAGCAUCAUGGGCCGGUUCCUCGGCAACGCCGUCGCCGGCUGCGCCCCGGACGAGAUGGGCAUCGGCCCGGCGCUCGCGAUCCCGCGCGUGCUGCGCAUGUUCGGGCUCGAGAGCCGCGACGUCGGCCGCUGGGAGAUCAACGAGGCGUUCGCGAGCCAGGCCAUCUACUGCGCGCGCGAGCUGGGUCUCGAGAAGGAGUGGGAGCAGGGGCGGGUCAACCCCGACGGCGGGGCCAUCGCGCUGGGCCACCCGCUCGGCGCGACGGGCGCGCGCAUGGUGGCGACGCUGAUGCACGGGCUCAAGAGGGACCAGGCCGAGAUCGGUGUCGUGAGCAUGUGCAUUGGUACCGGUAUGGGCAUGGCGGGUGUGUUUGUUAGGGAGUGA